GAACUUUUAUCAUGUUCAGAUGCUUCAAUCUGUUGUUUUGCCUUGUAUAUCAUAGUGGGGGAAAAGGAGACAAUACCACCCUGCCAUGUCAAUUUGAGGCCAGUGACAUUUUUCGUAUUGAUUUAUGGAAACAAAAAUCCAUCUUUUCAUGUCAGAAUCAAACAUGUGAGAGUGGGCGAUUUUUAAAAAAAGAAGGAACAUGUGAUGUCAUCAUCAAGAAUCUGAGCUUCAGUGACGCUGGGAAAUAUACUUUGAAAGUCUUUUACAAUCAUACACAGACAGUGCUGAAUCAAAAAAAGGAGAGGAUGUACCAACUUCAUAUUCAUGGUAGCAUUUCUGUGCAGAAAGGUGAGGAGUUGGAUGAUCUGUCCCAUGCUUAUCUAGUUCGGUAUCAGUCCAGCGGAAGCACAGAGUGGAAGGAGGUUUGGAACAAGGUUCAGAGUGAUGUGAACCAUCAUAAGUUUAAGGCCAAUGACACAGGAACAUACAGAGUUCUGGACUCUGAAGGAAACAUCUUGAUCACAGUGACAGUCACAGUCUUAACAGAAUCAGGUACAGAAUCAAAGGUCAAACUGGAUAAAAAGAAUGAAAUAACUGAUGACACUAAACAAUUUCCUGUUUGGGCUUGGAUUUUGAUUGGGGUUCUGGCGGUUCUGGCUGUUAUAUUUAUUGUCAUCAAGAUAACCCAAUGUCUGAACAGGGAUGAUGGUGUUGGGCAGAGACGGAUUAACGCACAUGCUCCGGGCAAUGGACCAGAGCGGGGUGCAGUUGAAAUACCGCUACUCCCUCAACCCAAUUUCAACCGUGGCGUGCCCCCUUAGAUUUCUGAGGCAAGUGGAUUUUGAAUGCAGCUUCCAAAAGACAAAAUUAAUUCUGUUCUUUGCCGAUUUCUCUCAUCAGAAACAACAAAGUGCAGAUGUGCGAUGCAAGCAAGAUAUUAAUUUCAUAAUGUAAGCAACUACAGUGAUUAAUGGGAGUUUUUGAGAGUGCCUGAAUUCUGGCUAAGUCAAUGACAAUGUUUUUUGAUAAUGUAAAUGCUAUUUUGCUCUAUUUCUGUACAAUAAAAUUGUUCUAAUUAGUAACUUACAAUGUUUUUAUUAAAUUCACGUUAAAUACAAAGUCAGUCGUAUUAAAAAUAUUUGAUGACAUGACUGGUACAAGUAAAAAGAUGGGUUUUAUGCAUUGUUAAGAGAUUGCACUCACAUUAGGCUACUUGACCACCGCCUGUUAGAUCAACUAACAUGAUCUAUAAAAGUCCAAAAUCCAUUUACUUAUAUCUGAGAAUCGAGAUAUCUUAUGUAACCUGAUCUCACAGAAUUCUGUGUAAUGUUCACAGACUUAAUUAACCUCCGAAUCUGUGGUGGCAUCACGGAAUCGCCGAAAAUGUCCGUGAUGUGCUCACAGAAGGCAUCAGCCGUGGUCCAUGCACGGAUUCACUGGUUCAACACCAGCGCUGCAUCGGACCAUGUAAAAAGAGUGACUCCGAUGCAGUUAUACUUUCACUGGAGUACCUGACCCCACCCCUACCCUAAACCUACACAGUAAAAUCCCCAGUGUUAAAUCAACACUGCUCAGAGUGUAUUUGGUCCCACUCCAAAUAGUGUUAAAGUAACACUGAAGCAGAGUUAAAGCUAAUGAGAUAAUUAAGUGAUUAAUUAAAUGAUGAUUGAGCAUUAGUGAUGAACAGCUGCUGUUAACAAGCAGAAUCACUGAAGAAAAU